CCUCGUCCCAGCAGCCCUGCAGCCGAUCAGUGCCCUCAUAUUAACUUAACAUCCCACUCUUUUCUCUCUUCGCCACGACUGCGACUCCCUCCCCGCCAUGUCCAUCGCCGCCGCCCAGCCCCUCGCCCCCCGCCGCCGCCGCUACUCUGGCGCCAACGCCGUCGAGAUCAUCAAGUCCCCCGCCGUCUCUGCGCCCCCGCCCCGCCCAAAGUCCACGCCCCCCACAGAGCGCCCCCGCCAGCGCCGCCGCCAGGUCCCCGACGCCGAGCCCGACGACGAGAAAGAGGACAUGCAAAUUGACCGCGACCACGACGCGGACUCGGACGACGCCUCCGAGUCCGCGUCCGACUCUCCCCACGACCACGACCACCAAAACUCGUCCGCACACGCCGCCGACCGCCCCACGCGCCCGCUGCCCCAGAAAAACAGGAGCAAGAUGGCGAACACACCCCAGACGCAGCAGACGAAGAACCCGAUGUACCAGACCGCCAACCCGCACAUGCUCCCCGUCCAGGCGCACGUACCCAAGGGCACCGCGGCGGCCGGCCAGCGACGGCUCUUUGUGGUCCUCGAGCAGGCGUGCUUGGAGGCGUACAGGGUCAGCAGCAACGCCCGCGGGAAGAACGGCCGGGAGGGCGAGGUCAAGUAUGCCCUCCUCAACUGCGACGACCACCAGGGCAUCCUCGCGAAGACCGGCAGGGACAUCGCGGAUGCGAGGCCGGAUAUCACCCAUCAGUGUCUCCUCACGCUGCUCGACUCGCCUCUCAACAAGGCGGGCCUGCUCCAAGUCUACAUCCACACCGCCAAGGGCGUCCUCAUCGAGGUGAACCCCCAUGUGCGCAUCCCACGGACGUUCAAGCGGUUCAGCGGCCUGAUGGUCCAAUUGCUGCACAAGCUCUCGAUCCGCGGUGUGAACGGCCCCGAGAAGCUUCUCAAGGUCAUCAAGAACCCGGUCACGGAUCACCUGCCCGCGAACACGAUGAAGCUGACUUUGUCGGGAGACGCGCCGACGGUGCGGCUGUCGCGGUACCUGCCGACGCUGCCUGAGACCCAUAACGUUGCGGUGUUCGUGGGGGCGAUGGCGAGGGGGAGGGACGACUUUGCGGACGCGGUCGUGGAUGAAAAGAUCAGCAUCAGCGACUUUCCGCUGAGCGCGUCGGUCGCGUGUGGCAAGUUCUGCUGUGCGCUGGAGGAGCUCUGGGAUAUUGUUUGAGUCGACAUCGGCAUCGGCAUGCUCAUCUAUGCUGGGAUAUUUGGGUUACUGUCUUCUCUCGCCUUUUCUGCUACUUGUACAACACCACCCCCGAUAUUGCACUUCAACCUGCGCCCAUCUCCCCCACCCCGCAUCAUCCAACUGCUGUCCAUCGUUCACACCACCGGGACGGCCGGCGCUAUGUCGCUGGCUGUCCUCACGCCCCUUGUAUACGCCCCUGCUUGGACGAAGCCCCCCGAUGUCUGCGACUCAACUUGCAGCCGGGCUUCGUGUGUCGUGUGCUGUGUUGUGUAUGUCACGUAUGUAGCUAUAACAGAGACGCGAAAACGAGACGCGAGGCGUGUUUCCCCGCGCGCGAGCGAGUGAUGCCCUGUGCUGGAGCUGUGUUGGCGCUGUUCGUCG